UUUUUCAGUUUAGUUUCCAGUGCUCUUACGGAUGUUUGUGUCGUGUUUAUUGUCUUCGGGGCGCUACUCUUGUACACGUGUAUACGUAUUUAUAAUUUGUGAAUGAGUGAACCAGUUUUCAAGUUAUGUUGUGUAUAAUACAGUAUCUUUAAUAUAUCAUUUUAUUGCGAUAACCUGAAAGACGAUUCACUACCAACUCGAUUCUUAUAUUUUAUCAAUUUUCUUUUUAUAUGGUGUCUUGCGUUAUAUAUGUCGUCGCGGCGACGACGGUGUCCAGACGCGAAAACGUCGGGACUAUGCUAUGAAAAGUUAACUGUUAGGACAUCUACGUCCAUCGACACCGGAUGUACGGAUACGCAGGACCACCCCAUUAUGGGGCCGUCGAGUCUAUUGCCGGAGACUCAGCAGGAUAUUUACAGCCCGGCGGACCCCAUUUACCCAUGGCCAUGGUCAUGCCUAUGCCGGCUGUCUGUGAGCCACCCCCAAAUCCUCAAAUACCCACAGAUGAGUCGAUUCCAAAAAGACGAAGAUCAGAUGAAGAAGAUUCUAGCCAAAAAUACUCUAGAAUGGAAGAUGAUAACAUUCAAGACAAAGAAAGGUUUGCCAGUAGGGAGAAUCAUUGCGAAAUUGAAAGGCGGAGGCGGAACAAGAUGACAGCAUACAUCACUGAGUUAUCUGACAUGGUACCAGCAUGUCAAUCACUAGCCCGUAAACCAGACAAACUUACCAUUCUUCGAAUGGCCGUCAACCACAUGAAAAGUCUCAGAGGGACAGGUAAUACAAACAAUGAUGGUACAUACAAACCCAGCUUUUUAACUGAUCAAGAGUUGAAGCAUCUUAUUUUGGAAGCUGCUGAUGGAUUUUUAUUUGUUGUAACAUGUGAUACUGGUAGAGUUAUCUAUGUAUCUGAUUCAGUUGCGCCCGUAUUAAAUUACUCUCAAAAUGACUGGUUAGGAACAAGCAUGUUUGACCAUUUACAUCCUGAAGAUGUUGAAAAAGUGAGAGAACAAUUAUCAACUCAAGAACCACAAAAUUCUGGUCGCAUAUUAGAUUUAAAAACGGGAACUGUGAAAAAAGAGGGUCAUCAGUCUUCCAUGAGACUUUGCAUGGGUUCACGACGAGGUUUCAUUUGUAGAAUGAAAAUUGGUAAUAGUGGAGGAAUGAUGGCUAGUAUUUCUGGUCAUAAUUUACAUCAGAGACUUAAACAGCGCAAUACUUUAGGACCAACACGUGAUGGAAAUGAAUUUGCUGUUAUUCAUUGUACUGGCUAUAUUAAAAACUGGCCUCCAACCGGUCAGUUUGAUCAUCCGUUAUCUGGUGUUCAAAUUGAACGUGCUGUUGAAGAAGAUGGUACUCAUUGUUGUUUAGUUGCUAUUGGACGGUUACAAGUCACUUCUACUCCAAAUACAACUGACCUAUCUGGAUCUAAUAGUAAUGCAGAAUUUAUAUCACGCCAUUCUAUGGAUGGUAAAUUUACAUUUGUUGAUCAACGUGUAACUCAUAUACUGGGAUACAAGCCACAAGAUCUACUAAGUAAAACUUGUUAUGAAUUUUUUCAUCCAGAAGAUCAGACACAUAUGAAAGAUAGUUUUGAACAAGUUUUGAAAAUGAAAGGUCAAGUUAUGUCUGUAAUGUAUCGGAUUCGUGGUAAAAAUCAUGAUUGGAUAUGGUUACGAACUUCAGCUUUUGCUUUUUUGAAUCCAUAUACUGAUGACAUAGAAUACAUUGUUUGUACAAAUUCUACUGCUAAAUCUUCAAUGCAUUCACCCUCUGAAAGUGGAGUCAAUAUCAGCAAUCCAUCAGCUGAACCUGUUUACCAGCAACAAGCACCUGGCUUAGAUUAUACAGUUCAAAGGAGAGACCAUGUAGGAGCUCCGCCUUAUCAAGCACAUUCUAUGAUAACAGCUGCUCCGACGCCUAACCAACAUAUGAUCCCCAAUAACACAGCACAGAGACCCAAUAGUACUCAAAAUGUUUUUAACUCGUAUGAGACUAAUGCAUCUCCUAUUAGCUAUCAUUCUCCAAACCAAGGUACUCAGAACCAAGUGCAAUCACCUUUGAUGAAUCGUAUAACUAAAUCAAGCCCUACACCAGCACAAACAGCAUGGACAUUACGUCAACCGGUUACUGAAGGAUAUCAAUACAACCAAGAAAUGAGUCCAUCACGUUCACCAUCAGGUCCAACAUAUACACAAUUAAGUGGAGGUGCACGGCAAACUACUUAUCACAAUUCUUCUCCUGCAACCGCCACGCCAGGAAUGUGGGGGUGGCAAGCUGGAGCUACAGGUGCUACAGCUGUUUCGAAUAAUGUACCACCACAUCCACAUAGUGGUCAUCCUCAAGAACUGUCUGAUAUGAUGAUGCAAAUGCUUGAUCAAAGUGCAGCUGCUGCUUCAUUUGAAGAUUUAAACAUGUUCAAUACAAAUUUUGAAUGAGAAGUAAAAUCAAAUUUAUUAUGGAAAAACUUGUCUAUUAUGUAAGCUCAAAAAGUUAGUCAGAGCAGAAGUGGAUGAACGUAAUAUCCUUUAACUUAUGAU